ACUUAAACUUUCUGAAAGAAGAGAUAAUAAUAUCUUCUUUUGCUUAAUUAUCCUUUCACGUGUUGUGAGUGAGUGGCUCAUAGUAAGUUCUCAAAGCAUCUGUGUUACAGGAAAGCAUAAUCCCACUCAUUUCCCUUUCUUUCUGUGUACAGUGCCAGGUCAUGCUGGUCAACUGGUAUUUGGGUUCCUGAAUGGCAGAGCCUGUGUGAUGAUGAAGGGCAGGUUCCACUUAUAUGAAGGAUACUCGCUCUGGAAGGUUACAUUCCCUGUGAGGGUUUUCCGUCUUCUGGGUGUGGACACCCUGGUGGUCACCAAUGCAGCUGGAGGACUCAACCCCAAGUUCGAGGUUGGAGAUAUCAUGCUGAUCCGUGAUCACAUCAACCUACCUGGUUUCUGUGGUCAAAACCCUCUCAAAGGGCCCAAUGAUGAAAGGUUUGGAGUUCGAUUUCCUGCCAUGUCUGAUGCCUACGACCGGAAUAUGAGGCAGAAGGCUGUCAGUGCCUGGAAACAAAUGGGGCAGCAGCGAGAGCUACAGGAAGGCACCUAUGUGAUGCUGACAGGUCCCAGCUUUGAGACCGUGGCAGAGUCUCGUCUGCUGCAGAAGCUGGGGGCAGACGCUGUUGGCAUGAGCACAGUACCAGAAGUUAUAGUUGCUCGGCACUGUGGACUUCGAGUCUUCGGCUUCUCACUCAUCACUAACAAGGUCGUCAUGGAUUAUGAAAACCUGGAGAAGGCUAAUCAUGAGGAAGUGCUAGAAGCAGGGAAACAAGCUGCACAGAAAUUGGAGCAGUUUGUCUCCAUUCUUGUGGCUAGCAUUCCACCCCCUGACAAUGCCCGCUGACCAGCCCUGGAGUGAUCUGGCGUCUCCCUAUGGGAUCCAAGUAGCUGAUACCUACUUUGGCUCCUUGCUAGGGUCACGUACCUCUGUUCCUAGGUAGGAGCAGAAAGAAGAGGAUGAUCCCUAUCUUUUAUCUUCUCACUUUCUCUGACCAGGCCCUUCUGGUGCCAGGUUGUCUUUUCAGAACAGUUUGUUUCCCCUCCGUUCUUCACCGAGAGCUGGAGCCCAGGCCCUACCACAUAUCCAUGGAUAUGCCCAGGAUUUGCCUUGGGCCUUAGAGCUUCACACAGUAGCUUCCACUAGCUUUUUGAGAUGAUACUCUCACAUUCCUGGGGGCUCAGUACUGCCUCAACCUAAUGUGCUGGAGACCAAACAAGGACCAGCCCAGCCUCUUGUGCUUUAUGUCAUACCAUAAUGUUUUUAGAAUAAAGAGAAAGAUGAAAUAAU